GCGGGGCAGUGACGUCAAGGGCAGCGGCGUCACGCGGCAGCAUGGCGGGCAGCGGGCGCCGGCCCGAGCACCGGGGGCCCCCAGAGCUGUUCUACGAUGAGGCGGAGGCGCGGAAGUACACGCAGAACUCCCGGGUGGUGGAGAUCCAGUCGCAGAUGUCGGAGCGGGCCGUGGAGCUGCUGGGACUGCCGCAGGACCGGCCGUGCCUCCUCCUGGACGUCGGCUGCGGCUCUGGGCUGAGCGGGGAUUACAUCUCUGAGGAGGGCCACUACUGGAUUGGCAUGGACAUCAGUCCUGCCAUGCUCGAUGUGGCCGUGGAGAGGGAGGUGGAAGGAGACCUUCUCCUUGCAGACAUGGGUGAUGGCAUUCCCUUCAGGCCUGGCAUGUUUGACGGCUGUAUCAGUAUUUCUGCAGUGCAGUGGCUUUGUAAUGCUGAUAAGAAAUCACACAGCCCUCCAAAACGCCUUUAUAGAUUCUUCUCAACUCUUUAUACUGCCUUGGCGCGAGGAUCCCGAGCUGUCCUGCAGUUGUACCCUGAGAACUCAGAACAGCUGGAGCUCAUUACUGCCCAGGCCAUGAGAGCUGGCUUUACUGGGGGAAUGGUGGUAGAUUACCCAAACAGCACCAAAGCUAAGAAGUUCUUCCUUUGUCUCUUUGUUGGGGUGUCUGGCACGUUACCAAAGGGCCUUGGUACUGAGUGUGCUGAUGGAGAAGAGAUGCACCAGGCAAAGUUCACCAAUGAGAGGACACGGUUCAGAAAUGCCAGGGGCAAGUCUGUGAAAAAAAGCCGGGACUGGAUCCUUGAGAAGAAGGAACGUAGACGACGACAGGGCAAGGAAGUGCGAGCAGACACAAAAUACACGGGUCGAAAGCGCCGCCCUCGCUUCUGAAUUCCUUUGGACGCUGAUGACGUGGAUUAUAGUGUGUUGAUGUCUCCAGCAAGCCUCUCAUGGAUGGCACAGGCAGACACUUCAGGCCUGGGACUUGCUGGGACAGAUCUUUGUGACUCUUGGAAGGUAUAAACUGGCUCCAGUGCUGUCCAGCAGCCGACUGUGAAACUUCCAGCCCUGUUUUCCUGGUGAAGGCAGGCAGUGCUCAGGCCCCUUGGUGUCUGCAAUGCCAUUGUUUAUGUUCUUGAGAGUGCACUGAACCAUCUGCAGCUCCAGGUGAGGCAGAACAUUAUGCUCACCCCCCACUAAACAGUCAAUGAGGCAGAA